AUGUCGAUUUCGCAGAAAGCGAUGCCUUCGUACCAGCCAUUCCAAUGUCUCAUUUGCCAGAGUCGAUUUACUCGCCAUGAGAACCUCAAGCGACAUUCAGCCCUACACUCUCGCUCUCAGGCUGAGGCGUCGCUCCCUUGUGAAUUUUGCCACGCUACUUUUUCCCGUCCGGACUUGCGCAACAGACAUAUGAAAAGGAAGCAUCCAGAGCAAGAGCAGCACCGAGUCACAAAGAGAUCUCAGCGUUCAGCACCCUCAAAACACCGCGAUCACUCGUCGGUAUCGCCGACAGCUAUAUCGCCUACUGGUAGCCAGGAAGCAAACCCGUCUUCAGACUCAGCCCAUUCAAGUCCGGAACAAGGCCUGGGAAAUGAGACUGUGGGAUGGAACUCGUCGAUGCGGUACCAACAACAGCAGUUUGAUCGUGGCCAACUCGGCGAGACCACGAAUCUUGCGACAACUGGGCGUCCGAGCUCGGAGAUAACGAAGACUCAGCUCCCAACAGAUCCAAUGCAUCAAUCCAGCUUGAAUGAUGCUAGAUUCAUUGAUCAAAUUGUACAGGAUGCUGCAGAUCUGGAACGCAAUUUGCUUAUGGGAACUUCAUUCCUAAAACCCAUCGAUCACCCCCAACCUCAACUUCACUCAGUCACCACCCCCAACGACCCACUGGACACCAACCUGGGUGAUUUCAAUUUCAGUCACCCCAUACUCGAUCGACUUUCACCAAACGAUAUACCACAACUUCAAGACGAUUGGUCGCCAACCCCUCUUCAGAUAUCGCGAGGCUGCGAUUUAUUUUUUUCCCGCGUCUCACACUUUUUGCCUUUCCUACAUUCCUCAACAUUCGAUCCUACACAAUGUCCUCCACACUUGGUUCUCAGUCUUCUUUGUCUGGCCUACCAGCAUGGCGAAGAUCCGGAAUGCGGCGAACAAGAAGGAUCAGGCGAGAGCUUUUCCAUAAGAUGUUUCCAUCAAGCCCGUGCUCAACUUGCCUCGGACGAAGGAAGACCGGAUGCUUCAACCAUGAUCACGACUUUUGUUCAGUCAUAUCUGCUUCUUCAGAUAUGCGCAAUGAUGUAUCUCUGUGGUGACAAUUCAUCCUCGGGCUUGAAGAUGCAUUCCCACAUGAUUUCCCUCGCACGUGCCGGACGAAUGACACAGCCGCUACCAAUCGAGACAGGCGCGACCGCAGACUUGGAGUCAUUGUGGCGAGAAUUUGUCAAAGCCGAAUCACAUAAGCGAACCUUGUUCGCAGUUCACCAGAUUGACGCUCUGUGGUAUCAAUUCCUGUCGAUUCCUCGCUCAAUCUCGCACCUCGAAAUCAAGCACAAUCUACCCUGUCCACAAGAUCAGUGGGAGGCAACCUCAUCUGCUGAAUGGGCUCACAGACAACUUGUCGCAAGGAACUCCGGCACUUCUGUCAAGUACACAUAUGCCGUUCGAUGCUUUCUCUCUUCCGAUGCCGAUAUCACCGCAAUCUCACCGUUUGAUCCAUAUGGUGCGAUAAACAUCGCGCAAUUCCUGAUUUCUAGCGCCCGUGAAGUCUCAGGCUGGUCUACCAUGACUGGCAUCCUAAGCAUGGAGAGAUUUGGCGCACUGCGAUCAUCUCUUGUCGAGCUAGGCCCUUACAUCUGCCCCAACACACCCGGCAAUCAAGCAAAUCACGCAAUAUCCUGCGCAGCGACAUGGCAGACUGCCAUGCUCGAACUGCAAAUGUGGUCGCCGUCUCAUACCGGAGGUAUCGUCGAAGGCAGCAUCGAUGCUGUCCUGAAGCAGUCGACCUAUCUUGGUCCCUCACAGUAUCUGUGUGAUGCGACCACUGCUAAGGCUAUACUACCACACGUCAACUGGUUCUUACAGUAUCUCGAUGAGACGGUAGCCCCAGAGUCCGAGGCACCAUGGGUUGCUUUGUAUGCAUACAAAGCCUUUCUCAUUGCCUGGCAGCUUGUAAAUGGCGGUGCCCCCGGUGCGAUGGAGACCAUAGGCAUCCAAGAUGGUGAUGUUGAAGGUGCCAUGCUAUGGGCGAGGAAAGUCUUCCAACGAAGACAGAAAAAGCAGCUUGGGAAACUCAUUUUGUCUUGUUUGGACGAGUUGUGCAAAUGA